GGCAGAGUUGCACUCCACUUCGUUUGCAUGCACGCGCCCGGUGUGCGCCAGACCGAGUGCUUAAAUCUACUGAUAGAGUAUGGAGCGUCGGUACUUGCGCGUGACAGUCGGGGUAAUUCGUCACUUCACUUCGCGUAUGUACAUGACAACGCGCCACUCGUGCGGAAGCUAAUCGAGCUUGGGUGCGACGUCAAUGCGCGUGGCUAUUGUGAUAGGGUGCCGCUACACGUAGCAAUCCCCCGCGCUAACUCCCACAUGGUGUCGCUGCUGCUAAGCGCGGGCGCAGAUGUUAACGCGCGAGACGUGAAUGGGAUGACGCCUCUUCAUCUUUCAUUCAAUUAC